CCGUGUCGAGAGCUUACAGAAGAAGAAGGAGGAGGAGGAGAAGAAGAAGAAGAAGAAGAAGAAGAAGGCGGAGGAGGAGAAGAAGAAAGCCGGACGCAGCAGAAGCUUCACGCGCUGCCGCCGGACAGUUUCAAACGGGACAGAAGCGCCUCUACGCACAGACACAGGUGGAUGCUGGGAGGCGAACCAGCUCGGAGGAGAUGUUCCCCCUGGCUCAGUUCGGGGUGCUGUCGGCCCUGGCCACCGCGCUCACCUCGGUGCUGUCCGCGCUCCUGCUGCUGGCGCUGACCCGGCAGCUGUGGAGCCUCCGCUGGAGUCUGACCCGGGACAAAGAGAGCAGCCUGCCGCUGCCGAAGGGCUCCAUGGGCUGGCCGCUGGUCGGAGAGACUUUUCACUGGCUGUUCCAGGGCUCCAACUUCCACAUCUCACGCAGAGAGCGCCAUGGCAACGUGUUUAAGACCCACCUCCUCGGCAAGCCCGUCAUCCGAGUGACAGGUGCAGAAAACAUCCGCAAGAUCCUGCUGGGCGAGCACAGCCUGGUGUGCACCCAGUGGCCCCAGAGCACCCGCAUCAUCCUGGGGCCCAACACCCUGGUCAACUCCAUCGGCGACCUGCACAAGAGGAAGAGAAAAAUCCUGGCCAAAGUGUUUAGCCGGGGGGCUCUGGAGUCCUACCUGCCCCGGCUGCAGGAUGUUGCCAAGUCUGAAAUCGCCAAGUGGUGCUCAGCACCGGGCGCCAUCGACGUUUAUAGCGCCGCCAAGUCCCUGACAUUCCGCAUCGCCGUCAGGGUUCUGCUGGGCCUGCAGCUGGAGGAGGAGAGGAUAGUUUACCUGGCUCAGAUCUUCGAGCAGCUGAUGAACAACCUCUUCUCGCUGCCCAUAGAUGCUCCGCUCAGCGGACUUCGCAAGGGAAUAAAAGCCAGAGAAAUCUUGCAUGCCAACAUGGAGAAAAUCAUUGAGGAAAAGAUGGAGCGGCAGCAGGCGGAGGAGGAAUAUCACGAUGCCUUCGACUACAUGCUGUCCAGUGCCAAAGAGCAUGGCCAGCAGCUCAGCAUCCAGGAGCUUAAGGAAACAGCAGUGGAGUUGAUCUUCGCUGCUCACUCCACCACAGCUAGCGCCUCCACGUCGCUGGUUCUGCAGCUUCUACGUCACCCGGCGGUGGUGGAGAAGGCCAGAGCCGAGCUGGAGGCAGAGGGCCUUGGCUGCGAUUCCCACGGCAGCCACAGCCCAUCUGGUGUCACCAUGGAGAAAGAAGUGGACGCUGCCAUCACGGAGACAACCUGCCUGCUGAAUGAAGGGUGUCAGAAUCACAGUGACAAGGAUGGUUUCCCACGGUCCCAGCCCCAGUUACCGUAUCUGAGCCUAGACAAGCUGAGCCAGCUCCGCUAUGUCGACUGUGUUGUCAAAGAGGUGCUCCGCUUCCUGCCGCCGGUCUCUGGUGGUUACCGGACGGCCCUGCAGACGUUUGAAUUAGACGGCUACCAGAUCCCCAAAGGCUGGAGUGUGAUGUACAGCAUCCGAGAUACCCAUGAGACCGCAGCGGUGUUCCAGAGUCCAGAGCUGUUUGACCCGGAAAGGUUUGGUCCCGACCGGGAGGAGAGCAGGUCGGCUCGGUUCAGCUACGUGCCUUUCGGUGGUGGCGUGCGGAGCUGUGUAGGGAAAGAACUGGCACAGAUCAUCCUAAAGACUCUCGCUGUGGAGCUGAUCGGGACUUGCAAAUGGACCCUGGCCACAGAGAACUUUCCUAAGAUGCAGACGGUGCCAAUAGUGCACCCGGUCAACGGGCUACAUGUGCAUUUCUCUUACAACUACCCGCUUUAGACACAAAUUCUCACUGAGACUUUCCAAAAAAAAAAACUCACUCAAGAGGCAGUUUCUUCAGCCUGGUUCUGGAAAAACUCUCCAAACCCGAGGAAGGAGACACGACCACCUCUCCGGUCCUGAUGGUGCAGUUCAUGCCCACUUUCAUUUCCCUGGAGAUGAAGACAUGGUUUACAGGACUCUGGAGCACGUCAUCAUCUCCUCACUGGUCUGGUCCAAACCUAAGAAACCGUUUUAACCACCUGUUGUGCUCACAUACAACAGUUUUACAUGCAGUUUUUCUUUUUAAACAUUUUGCAUUUUUAAGUAAACAAGGUGCACAUCAGCGAGAAUGAAUGGACUGCACGUACAGUCCACAAGUUUCAGAGCUUUUAUCCUCAUUUCCAUGGACAAAUGGUGUUUUAGGGGCAAUAGAACUGACUCACCUGCAGCUAUUUAACAUUCAGAUGCCUCUCUGUAGUCUGUAAAUGCUUUUUAACUUAUUGAAAUAUCAAGACAGAGUGUUCAUCAGGUGCAUCAGGGAGAGUGAGGUCUACAGUACAUUUCUUGGCUAAUGCUCAGCGGGAGAAGCCUGGUUUGACUUGCAAACAGGAAGUGCCUAUUGAACAGACCUAACUUACCUAAAACCUUAAACCUACAACACAUCUCAGCAACAGGACAGAAAGUCUUUCCAAAAAGUUCCUGUCUCUUGGCUCUGACAAAGCUCCAAGUCUCAGGACAAACAUACAAUGCAAAACUGCCUCUUUUUACAAAGUGGUUUCUAAACGUUAAAACCCACUCAGCUUUGGUGCUUCAUUCUUUUUUUCUAUCUCUCAGUAGCUUUUACAUCAGCGUGUAUCAGUAAGGACAUAACCAAGGACAUAAGCAAGUCACGAGUAUUUGACUUGACGUACAUUUACAAAACUUUUCAGACUCACAGACAUACUUUCUGAAAACUGACAAAACACAGCUGGUCCAGGGACAGAGAUGUGGGGAACUCGUCUCCAGUAACUGAUUCUACCGACAGAACGAGGUUUACACACCUUUAAACCGACUCUGUGUUCCUUUGUUCUCCAGCCUGCCAGUUGUUUUCCUUUGCAUCUUAUGACCCGAGCUGCCUCUGAGCAAGGCAUCGAUGACUGAGAGCUCCAUGGAACUGUUGCCUGUGGAGAAACAAACAGAGAAGUGUCUGUUUGUUGAGACAGUUCUCAUUAGAACCCGACUAAGACCGACAACUGAGAAAUAUUUGGACAUUUUUUGGACACUUUUUUUUUACGACCCAUGCUGGACACAGGAGAGCCUGGACUCGUGUUUGGUUAUCUCAGCCAUGAUGUUUUGCCAUCAUGUCCACUACAGAAAAACCUUUACUGAUGGAACUUGCACUUGAUUUUUGACACAGAACACACAACCAGGAACUACCCGAGCAUCAAUGUCAAAAUACAUUCAGACUAUUCUAUUGUUUAAACAUGAAUGUGAUAUAGUAUAUCCUUAACAGAGCUAUUAUGUGUGUAUUAAAUGAAGUAGCAUUAUGAAUAAGCUGUAUUUAAAAUGCAGAUGUAUCAUUUCUGUUGUACUUUUACUCCAUCUGUAACAAUAUUUGCUGUAAUUAUGACUAGAGACACUAACCUGUAUUGUAAAGGACUGUCCAUAAAACCUUGGUUCACUGCUAGAACAUAGAAAACUUUCAUUGUUUAGAGCAGCAUAUAUUAAGAGAACAGUUAUUAUUAUAGUUAUUAUUGGUCUAAAUCUAGGACUGUUGCUGUGUUGGUCUUGAAGCCCAAUAGACACGCUGUGAAAUCUUACGUACGGAUGGAUCUGUGGAAGGAGAUAGCACUUUCUCCACUUUAAGGAGUCUGUAUAUAUUUGUCCUGUUUAUUGUUGCAUUAAUCGAGUUUAUCAGAUGUAGCUGCUGUACAGUUGAUGUAAAGAGUAAAUCAGAAG